ACUUUAAUCAUAACCUCAACCUCAAAGCUAUAAGAAUCCAUUAACAGUUAAAAGUGAUGUAUUAUAUGCUUGUUUUUCGAUGUAAAAAUUAAUUAUUAAUCUAAAUUAAAAUAAAUGAUAAACUGAUUUCAUGAUGGGAAAUAAGAACAAACUUUGUCAGCACAAAGAUAUUUUUGAACGAAUGAAUUAUUUAUAUCAGGCUAGUCAUCUAAUGGCAUCAGUAGAUAAAUGUACAGCAUCUUAUUUUGGUAAUAAUAUGAUGGGUUGUGCCAAGAAAGCAGUAUUACGCAUAGAACCGAAUUUAAAGAGAAGCAUAUGUAAGUGUUGUCAAACUCCACUUAUACCUGGAGAAACAGCUAGAGUCAGAUUAACAUCAAAGCCUGUAAAAAGAAUCAAAUGGACAUGUCUAACUUGUAAGAAUACUAAACGAUUUCCCACGACAAAAGGAUAUAAAUUGUGGCUUGAUCAACCUGAAGCAAUAAUCGAGACAUUAGAUUAUACGCCAAAACCAAAGAACAAAACUAUUCAAAAAUCUGAUGUCCCUAAGGAGAUGAAGGAAAAAAAAGAUGAACAAAAUUCUUGAAAAUGCCAGUUAGUAUACCUCUGAAGUAAAUCCAUUUUAUACAAUAACUUAGAAUGUCUGGUGUACGAAUAUUUUUUAUUAAUGACUUACAUAAAAUAUGUUACAAUAUUACAAUAAAUUUGUAAUUAAUAAACAGAUACUUUUGCUAACUGGAAUAUUCAUAACCAUCUAGUAAUAUCAUGAUACCGAUAAUAGUUUUACAUUAAAUAUAUUCUUAGAAAUAACUCGUAAGUUAAGUUACUGCAGUUAUCGAGUACGUAGUUGCGAUACGUUUUUACGGCAAGCGACGUCCGUGGAGAAUUCCCGAGAGUCACAAUCUAUGUUCUCAGCCGAGGACGGUUUAUGGAGA